AGCAGGAGCGGGCGGCGCUCUUGCAGGAAGAGAUGGCGAGGUGAGAAGAUGUUGUCGCGCGAGCUCUCCCUGCAGAUGCACGCGGAGAGGCUAAGGGAAAAAGAAGAGAGGCCCCCGGCGCCGCCGGGUCCGAACCAAGAAGACGAGUCUGAACAGGAUUACAACAAGUACCGGCAGAUCUGGGACAUGAAGUGGUCCAAACAGUACGGCUCUUUCGAGCACACAACAUCGAUCCCCGCCAUGUGUUUCACGGACAAUCCUAUGCCUCGUUUCACUGUCCACCAGACCACCAUGCAGAUCUUCUCAGUCAAGGUCACGGAAAUAACUGGCAGUUUACAGUGGCCCCUCGAUGUAUUUGGCAUGAUCGCCAUGCGCGACGACCUGGAUCAUAAUCGCAACAUUAUCUUUAACCGCUCAAGGGACAACUGCCAAACCCUCACCCAACAGGGUCAACAUUUGGUUCUUACAGGUCCAGCUCGUGCUGUUGUGCAUGAGGGGCAUCCGUCUGUGUACUUUGAGGCCAUUCUAAAAGUUAAGGGCGCUACCUGUUCAGAGGACAGAGAUCUAAGCCUCCUGAUCAGCCGCUGCAAUAUCCAUCAAUCGCCAUCCAAAUCGCUUGUGGGCACCAGAUGCUACACAAGUAAGCUCAGCACACUGGAGCUGGCAUAUGGCAUCAUCGUCGCUUGCGCCGAGGCCACCAUCGGAGUCGAGGUGGUCGAGGGGUCAUGGCCAGAAGGGUUCCACGGCCAGUUGACUGCAUGUACUGCCAGUGUUCCCCACAUGAAAGUCAUGCUGCUCGAUUCAGGCGAGAAAGAGGCCGUCGCUGGCGACGGCGGCAAGAUGGAACUCUCGCGCCGUGUUGUCUCUGUUGAAAGGUCUGGGCAGCUCGUGGUCUGUGCUGUGCUGUCUCGUGGUGGCGAGAAGGUGGUGGAGGCUGAGACGUCCUUUGCACCAUUGGAGGCUGGUAGAAGCCAUGACAUGCUUGAUGUUGGCUCGUGUAAGCUGCGAGUCACGGUGGCCUGGUCGCCAAUUCUGAAAGGCUAUCCACUUCGUGGUUUUUCUCUACCUUCCACCAAGGCUGUUGCUAGCUAGUGGGGAGUUCAUCCCAUGGAUCUUAACAGUGUUAUGUUAAAUAUAUUCUGGAACAAAGGAUAGCAGCUAUUGCUUAGAGCAACUCUAGCAGAUGUUGAAUAUUUCCGUCCCGCAAAACCAGUUUGCGGCUCUUCCUAGAACGGAUUUGCGGUAUCACGAGACUUCAGACAGAAUUGAUGCCGCAAACCUGUACUGCAAAUUUUUGCGGUACGGGUUUACGGCAUAUGUUCCGCCUGGUCUCGCAUAUCGCAAAUCUGUUUUAG